AUGUCGCUGGAAACCUUGGCGGCAACUGCUAGCCUUACGGCAUUGAAUCAUACCACGCCAACCAAACCUUUACUCACCAAUCCCACUGAUAGCACAGAACGACAAUACACUGGGUUUCUCCAACCAAAUUCCAAACACUGCAAAAAUUUACCAUUGCCAAAACCUCCUUCAGCAUCAUCACUAGUUUUCAAUGCAGGAAAAUCUCGUCUACAGGUAGAAAACUCAUGUCUUGUAAGGAGUGUUUCUGAAAAUUUAUAUACCAGAACACCGUCUAUUCUAGCCGAUUUGAGCGAAGUGAAUGAAGACUUGAUUGACCCAAAAGAAACUCCUUGCGAUCGGUUACGAGUCUAUAUUCCCGAACCACGACCCAAAAAAAAGAAUUACAAAUCAGAGUCAUCGCGUCAACGAAAAGCUGUUUUGAUCCCACUUUACGAUAGUGCAGAUACAGUGGUUGACAUCACUCCGCCUCAGUUGGUUCUGCCAAAGCUUACUCGUAUUGAACAUGACAGCGUUUUUAAUUCAGCAUCAUCGUCCAAUAAUAUUGUACCCGUUUCUGAUAAAUCGUCAAACCAAUCACUGUCGCAGCUUGAAGUUAAAACAAUUCAGCUAAAGAUAGAGCCAGAUACGAAAAUCACAUGCAUAACUGAUCUCUCUGAAUCCAACAAUAAGCCAUUCGAGUCCUUGGAUCUAGAUCCAAAAACUAUCAUAGCAAAUUCCAAAAUGCAACGCAAAAUCGCCUAUUCAAUAUCUAAAUGGAAGUUGUUGGCAACAGGUUUACUACCACAAGCAUCUGCAGAAAAGGUAAAUUCUAAUACAGUAUCUCCCCAAUCAUCUGUCACAGAAGAAUCACGGCCUUUUAAAACUGCCUCCAAACUUCAGAGUUGCAUAGUUUCAAAUGAUGGUCCAAGUAAAGCCAUGACCCACUCAUCCACCGUGUUUCAUACAAUAGAGCAACGCAUUCGUAACCGUCGAUCCCUUGAAAUGAUUCAUUUCGAAGACUCUAAAUCAGACCAUUCCCUUGAUUCAAGUAACAGUGAUGCAAGUGUAUCCAGACCUUCAUUCUCAACAGGAAGUUAUGCUGAAAAAAGUGGCAGUGGAGAUACAAUCCCACGAGAUUCGGUUGGGCUACUGAAGCUUGAAUCAGAAAAUACGACAAUGGUAGACCCAAGUGUAUCCACUCCAUCAUUAUACAGUGCAAUUUCUGUUCCUCGUAGAAGAUUUCGUGUUUUUGGUGCAAGCAGCUCAGUAUCCAGACCACAGACCUCCUCGUUAGAUCUUAAAGCCGCUGCACAGCACAGAUACAAAAUCACAGCCAAGCCUAAACCAUCUGCUACAAUCGGUAUAGGUUUCAAGGAUUAUGACGAAAUCAAUCGCGAGUGGUUACAGAUGAUCGAAGAGCCAAUAGUGACUAUCAAAAAGCCCCAAACCAAAAAGAGUCGAGCCAUUACUUUUGAUCCCAAAGUGUCCGCUUUAGAAUUCAGUCAGGAAACGCCAGUAAUUAACUUGUAUGAUUUGGAAGACAGAUGUGUAGAAAGUGAUACGGAUGAUCAGGAUGAAAUGGGGUCGGAUACGGAUCCCAUAGCCCAGUCAAUAUUGCCAUCGCCUCAGCCUUUGAUUCAAGUUUCAUCAACAUCAGACCUAUUAAAAAAAGCAGAACAGGCUUGGAUUUUAUGGACAUCCAAUGAAAAUCUCGCCAACAUCGACUAUAUUCCCUCUCAGCGUGACUACGAUGACAUGACAGAUGAGGAGCGAUCUAUUCCAAACGGAAUUUACAUUACACUUGUUCGAACGGCUGUACGUGAUACGUCAUCGCCUGCAACAAGAGGGUUGCUGAUUCCAAAACAUUUGGGUGAAUUUCGAACUGGCGCAGUGCGAAUAAAAGGAAUGGACAUUGGGAAUGGAGGUAAACAUAUGUCAAAGGAAUCUCUGACGCAAUCAUUGCCACUAGUUGUUGGAUACAAGGCGAGUGGACAGUCCAUGCCUGCGAUAGGAGUCGCGCUCGAGGAUCAGCCUAAUUAUGAUGCGCAUCGCACUGAAUCAUCUCUAUGGGUAUCAACCAAUGCACUGCUGAGUCAGUUUGCUUUACCACCAUCUCAUUCAUAUCAUACUCAUAUGCAAUCAUCACGAGCUGAACUGCCUAGUACAGUGGAUACAACACACCUACCAACUGUAGCAACACACUCUGGACCUAUUUCCAACUGUACCUCGCUUGUCCAAGCCAUUGGCACAACAACCGAAUGGGUUGCUGGUAGUAUUGCAAGGCUCACUACCAAAAAAACUACCAAACCGCAAACAAGAGCUGACAGUACAUCUGGUAUCGUCAUGACCCAACCCAACCUAUAA